AGAUAUAUAUGGUAAGGGGUAGAGGUACGUUAAGGACAAGGUGGAGGUAAUAAGGGCGGGACGAGUUGAACUGAAGCGAUGGUUUGACUUGCAAAGCAGGCUCAAACGCCCAUAGCCCAGGCGUGAGAGGAGGGCCCUACAUGAAGUCCAGUGUCAGGGACACAGACAGCUGGGAGCUGUAUUGUGCUGGGGCCUUGUCACCCAUAGGCAUGAAUUAGUGAUAAGAAAUGUUUCAAGCCAUGAGGAGGAGGUGUCAGGAUCAGACAGGCAGAAGCACAGACGGCAGGACGGAUACGCGGGCGGGGGCUGUGCUGGGCGGCUCGGCGGCAGGCUGGUGGAAGAUGUCGUCCGGAGCCGGAGGGAGGGGGGGCAGGCGGCUCAGGGGCACGGUGAGCGGCUGUGGAGGAAGCCGAAGUGGGUGUGGAGAGGCUGAGGAGGGCUCGGUGGGGAUCCCUUUCCCUGAGCACAGCGCAGACAUCCUGGGCAGCCUCAACAAGCAGCGCCUCACUGGGCUGCUGUGUGACGUGCUCCUGUCGCAAAAAGACCGUGAGUUUCCCGCCCACCGUUCCGUUCUGGCCUCCUGCAGCUCCUACUUUCAUAAGCUCUUCACUUCGGGGGCCGCUGCUGACCAACAAAACAUCUACAACAUUGACUUUGUGGCUGCUGAGGCCCUGGGCGCACUGCUAGAGUUUGCCUACACAGCCACACUGACGGUCAGUCACAACAGUGUGGCUGACAUCCUCGAGGCCGCACGCCUUCUGGAAAUCCCUCCGGUCCAGGAUGUCUGUACUCACCUACUAGACACGAAAGUGCUCUCCCCAUCGAUGGAUUGUGAUCUGAAGGAUGGUGAUGAGGGCAAAGGCUGUGGUGGCCAGGACAAGGGAAACCAUGUGCGUGCCCGAGAAUAUUUAGAGUCUUUCCAGAGAGUGGUUCACUGGAGCAGUAGCUGCAGCACGCCGGAGCUCAGGGACGUGCCCACACACCUGCACUUUAAUCAUGGUAACGGGGGAAUACCUAGUAACGGGGUAUUCAGUGGUCCGGGGGAGUACUGCUCACCCCUCGCCUUGGCCCUGGCCCCUGCCCCCACACAAGAGCCAGAAGACGAAGAUGACGAUGAAGAGGAUGAUGAUGAUGGCAAUACAAUUCAGGGCAAUGGAGCAAGCCUCACUUCAACAUACUACCCUCCACCUCAAAAUGGUCACUACUAUCUUCCUGCUGAGUCCAGGCUGGGGCAGGAGGCAGAAAUGGAAGAUGGGAGCAAAGAGUUGAUGGUGAGAGAGAGGGGUCCAGCCAGUGCCCUCCUGCAGCAGAUGAUGGACUCCAUAGAGAGGCAGAAGAAGCGCGUACUGGCCGGCGAAGACCUGGGGGACGGGGAUGAAGCUGAUGUGGAAUUUUACUUGAAUUACUUUAACAGCACGCAGCAUGAGGAUCCUGCUUCUUCUGCUGUGACACAGGGACAGCAGCCGCUCUGGUUGUCAAGGAGCAGCACAGGUCCUGAUCGAGUAGAGAAAGCCACAGGGGAGAGAGGUGGCACGACUGGAGGGGCAGGGGGUGAACGAAAGAUGCGCUCUAAGGCCUUCCAGAAGUGCCCCAUUUGCUCCAAGGUCAUCCAGGGAGCAGGCAAACUACCCCGUCAUAUCCGAACACACACAGGAGAAAAACCUUAUGAAUGCACCAUCUGCAAAGUGCGCUUUACCAGGCAGGACAAGCUCAAGGUCCACAUGAGGAAACAUACGGGAGAGAAGCCUUACCUGUGUACGCAGUGUGGAGCCGCAUUCGCUCACAACUAUGACCUGAAGAAUCACAUGCGCGUGCACACUGGCCUGCGGCCUUACCAGUGCUCCAGCUGCUUUAAGACUUUUGUUCGCUCCGAUCACCUUCAUCGCCACCUCAAGAAAGACGGCUGUAAUGGCAUCCCCUCCCGCCGCGGCAGAAAGCCCCGGGUGCGAGAGCCUGAUCUCCUGGAUGCCCCUAUGAGCCUGCUGAGCCCCAGUUUGGACUCUGGAGCAGUGCCUCGUGUUGCCCGGGGGCGGCGGCGCUCUGAAGCUAGCUCUGUGGUGGAGCGAGAAGGGGGAGCUGAGCCCCACGCACACAGUCCUUUGCUUCAGCCGCCAGGACGGGACACAGGGCCCUGACUGAAACAAGGACGUACUGCUGGACACCAGUCACUCUGCCCCCUGUGAGACAGGACAGAGUGAACAGAGGAGAAACAUGUUCGAAGACAAACUGAAACAAAAAAACAAAAUAUUCCUCUAUAAACCAAAUCAGGGUGUCGGAAAAUCUAAUCUUUAUAGUUUUUUUUUUUGUCUUUACUAGGAAAUGGAGUAGAUUUGCAAGCACUUGAGUUUUCUUUUGAAGAGCAAAAGAACGCUUCAGAGCUCAAACCCAUGACGUCCACUUUCUGGGUCAUUGUGUAGACUUUAUGAUAUUUGGGGUUUUAUACAUUGGCACUUAUAUGCUUAGGCAAAUGUAUAUUCAUUACAAAAAACUCAGCAACUAUGCAGUUGAUUUAGAUUUUAUUGGUUUUGUCCUCAAAGCCUUCAAAGCUCUAAGCAAGGUGUCAGGCACCUUCUGGCUGCUGUACGGGUGAAACGAGGACAAAUCCGUGAAAACUCUUUUCUAUUCUUUUGCAGGUCUGAAAUGUACAGUUACCAUAGAAACUACAUUGCCACAAUAUGGCAUAUGCAAGAAAAAAAAUCUGAUGCAACAGUUCACUUAAAAUGUUCCAGAAAGAAUCAGAAAAGGGUAUGAUUAUGAAGUGUUACUUACUCCAUAAAAUCUGUUAAGAAAUUGAUCAUAAUUGCGAAACAAAUUUGCAUUGAGUCGAAUCCACAUCAUUGGGGGCUCGCUAGUUGCAGGGUGGAGGGUUUGUGUUUUAAAAGCACUACCGUUGUAUAUUUUGGUUUGACUAUGUUGCCUCUUUUCCCUCCAUAUCCUGCAAUUUCAUAAUUUCUUUUUUCUUUAAUGUUGUCUUAAUUUUUUUGUUCUUUAUUGUGCUGACUGCUUUGGGUACUUGACACUUUAUAAUUGUAUGUAUAUAUAGCGAGUGGUAAUAUGACAUGGGACCCUCUUAAUGCUGAGGUGUACUUACUAAUCGGGUUUUUCCUCUUAGGCUUGAUGUCUUAUUUCACUUGUGUGAACAAGGCUAACUGUAUGAAUGUUUGAGCUUAAAGUUGCCCCGGUAGAUAAAAACUGAACACUUGAUUAUAGAAAGGAUGGGAAUGAAGAGGCUGAAUGAAUGUGCAUACUAUUUGCAGUUUUCGGUCCUUGUGUGACAAGGAGCGGGUAGCAUUUAACCAAAAGCUGGUUAAGAGAAUGGCAGGGAGCCCCAAUGAGAGAAUUAUAGAGAGUAUGAGGAGUACAUGCGUAGACAAGCACCUUUUCUAUGUUUGCACAGCUUUACUAAAGAUAUCCAACAGUGCAAAGGUAUAUUUAAAGCAAGCGGGCUGGUGCUGGAAGGGAGUGAAAGGUAGGUUAUGUAUCAUGCUUAUUCCAAUCUUUUUGCCCUAGGGACCACACAACCGUGAGGCAACCUGUAUGAUGAAGAGAGCAAUAAAUACCUGUCCAAGUCGCUUGGCCAAAUAGGAGUGCAGCUGCAGCUCGCUGAGGGGGAGGGGCGCAGGGAAGGGAGGGGGAUCUCACAAUGUCUGUUGCAUUCCAAAAAAUAAUCUCCCCAGCUCACUCAGCCACGUUUCCAGGCAGGAGGGGAUGGGAUCAGGCCUUUUCUCUCUGCCCCUGUAGUCCUGUUAUGCCCCCGAAUCAGCCUGAGGGCAGUUAUUAAGGCCUGUGUCAGAGAGGGUGAGAUGCCUGGUCCCCUGUCUUUUGUAUUUAUAUGUGUGUGUACAUUGUGUGUACAUUGUGUGCGUGGCAGUCAGGGUCCCUCUGGCCACAUCAUCACUGUUUGAGUCAGACACAGCCUGUUCAAACAUGCACCCUAAGCUGCUCGCCCCCAUGCACUUUCUCUGUUUUACACACACGCACAGGCACUGGGGCCAGGCAUGCCCCUGAAUUGUGGGGAAAGUGCCACAGCCAAUAAUCUGUAUAUUGUAAAAUUGUUUAUCCAAAAAUCUUCUCAAAUAGCAAAUGUUUAUGUUCAAAUGGAACAUAUGAACCUUUAAAAAAAGUUUUGUUUCCCCACUCAGUUGUAUCUGUAGAGCUGUAGUUCGACCAUCAGUCCAUUGCACCUUAAUGGAAAAGCAGGUGAAUGCACUUUGUUACUGAGGAGGGAGCGCUUUUGACAAUGAAACGGGUACUUUAAAGUGAUCCAGUUGCACAUGAGAUCAAUAGCAUCUUCUGCACUGGUUUAGUUCAGGUUGUAUUGAUGAGCUGCCAAAUCAUUUAAAGCUGAACUGUUCAGAUCUCUUAAAGAGAAGCCAGUUCAGAUAAAUGUUGGGUUUGUGACCAUAAAAACAAAAUUAUUCCAACUGAUUGCACUUGAAUUUAGAGACGAAGAAUUGGACCAUUUAUCUAUAUAUCUCAAUAUAAAGUGGUGGAUCAUGAAAGGGCACUAUGCUAGUGUGUGUGUGUCUGUGCACUUGCCUUGCAUGUGCACAGGCGUGCGUUACUGGCUGGCAGGCUGGAGGGUCUCAGGACAAGCUUGGAUAAACAAACUUCAUGUCUAGCCCAUCUGUUCACCAGCUCCUCUCAUAACUACACUCUCUCUCAGAGGAGCAGCAGUGAUAAUAGACCACGGUACCACAGAAGCAAAAAUGCUAUAUCGUAAAACAGUUAAUUGAACAGUUGCUUGUUUACUUUACAGUUCUCUGGGUCCAGAUUUGCAUAAUUUAUCUUUAAAGCUUGUUGGCCAUUGAUGGGAGUGUAGUUUCUAUUUGGAUGUUAUGAUAUACAUAGUCUGAGGUUUUUGCACAGUGCGGCAGACCAAUGCAGAUCUGUUCUUCUUUGAUCUUUGUGGAAGGCGGUACUUGGUAUGGGUCACACAAGCCCAUUUAGUCUCUGCAUGUCUUUAAUUUAAGAGCACCUGUUGGCACUUUUUGAGCCGCAUUUGUUUCUUUGGACUACGUUGUCAUGUAAAAGUCUUACAUGUGUUGAUUAACCAAAGCCCCUGUCCCCAACUAUUGUCCAUAGAAAGGACUUACAUAGAGACGUGUGUAGAAGAAUGUUUAUAAUUUAUCCAGACUGGGCCUCGCAGAUAAAGCCACAUGCAGUUGCCCUCCUCUUGAAUAUAUGCUGAGAUGUGUGUGGAGUCAGAUAUCUACUUGAGUUUACUUUCUAACGGUCUUUUUGUCCUUGUGGACGAUAGAAUCAGAGGUGUAAGGAUGUAUAGUUAUUAUUUCUUGUUUUCUAAAAGUUGAGUUGUGCUACAGCUGUUUUUAUUUCUUAACAAUAUGACAUGGUUGCAUGAAUGUGUGUGCGUGUCUGGGUCAGCGUGUGGAUUGUUGUGCCAGGAGGGUGGGUUAAAGGGUGCUUGGGUAGGGUUAUGGAUACAAAGCCUGAGAGCACUGGAAAUGGUGCUUAAGCUGGGAGAGCAAAAAUUUGCACUAAUGUUAAUGUCCUUGUCCUGCUUAUGGGAGAAGGCCAAGAGACCACCAGCCACCUUGCUAACUAGCAUUAGCUUACAGCAGUGUGGUAAUACUCAGUGGUCUCACAAAGAGUCCAUCCGCUCCCCUAUGGAGAUGUAAUCAAAGACAGAUCAUAUGAAAUUCACAUGCAACAAUAAAUACCAAAGCAUAAAACACUUAAGCUAAAUAAAUAAAAUGGUUCACAGAAUGUCAAUGUAUGUUUUAUCUCAAUAAAAUAUUAGUACAAAUAAAUGAUCACAAGGAGACCCUCACUAUUGAGUCAUAAGUGCAUGUUCAGUAGUCAUUUAGGAAGUGUUUAUCUUGCUUUUCCGUAGAUAUUCUUUUCAGCCCUAUUGAACUUUGUGUAUAUCCAAGCAGACUCUAUGUAGAUCAAUGGUUACACAUCAUUUAUACAGUACAUGAUUGGGUGACUUUGAGGAAAAAAAAAAAACUGUUUCACACCUGGAGCAGUCUGGGGCUAUAUAAAUGUCUCUGAGCAGCUUUAAGCUUGUGUUUGUAUUGAUAAAGACAGUGGUAUUGUGCAGUGUGGGGCUGAGGCUCACUCCUAUGAAAACUACAGAAAACUGUGGUGUGCCUUACACACAAAACUACACAUUUUGUCCAGUGUUUAUACUAUAGACCGUUGAUUGAAACCAAAUUAUAAAAGCUGCUUUGGCUUAGCAUUGAGAUUGUUUCAGUCAAUCUUAACGCUUUACUUUGGCAACAUUAAUGAGCAACCACAACUCCAGAGUUGUGUCUGUCUUGCCUCUGUGGCUCCAAACGCCUCAGCCCCAGACCAAGGUUACUCUGACAGGCUAUACAGAAUGUCUCAAUCUUUAUUCUAUGUGUUUGUAUUGACCUUGGUGUUUUGAAUCUAUCUGUAAGGCCACAAAACAAUCAACAUCAAAACACUGAUAACUGACAAUAAUGUGCGUGGUGACACAACAGGGACUGUUAGCUUUGCAAUCUUGCAGACACCUGAUACUGUGUUUUUGUGUGUUUUCCAUUGAGCUUGAGAUGCACAGCAAGAUGAGUGCAGCAUAUGCAGGACGGCACUAUGCACAGCAUGGCUCUGGCACUAGCACAGGCAGCCCUGGGUCCUUCAGAAGGCCGGCAGCUGUCUAUUGGCCGCUUUUAGCCAAGUGGGGGCAGUUUGCACUUGGAGUCUCUCCCCAUCUCUGGGGAUGCAAAGGUGGACACAAAGAGAUGAGGGGGUUGGGGGAGGGGGGGGGGGGGUGUAGAUUUCAGGUAUGACUAAAGACAGAGCAGGUGACCGACUGUUUACUGACCAAUACAUAUGUGUCUUGUGUUUUAAAACAAGGGGAAUCAUGGCCACAAAUUUGAUAACAAAUGUAAAACACAGGAGGUCACCACAGAGACUGCUGAUCUCUUUGUUGUUCCAUGUACUUCUCAGGUGGAAAAAAAUACACUGCUAUGCAUUUAAUUUGAUGUCUGCUCAUUGUAUGGCUCAUUGCUCUAUGUUUAUGCCUUUCUUGUUCACAAAUAUAUUUAACUUAUUACCUCCCACACAAGUUGAAGCUAGAUUACUUUUGCCCAGUGGCUGUAACCAGCAUUUCUCUCUAUUGAUUUAGCGAUAUGUUUGCUGGAAGGAAGGAAGCCAUGGGAGAAUCCUGUAAAAGUCCAUUUACAAAAGCUAUAUUAGAAAAGCACAGAGCAUGUUCUCUUACUUUGCUCCUGUCAUUUUUCUCUCUGGAUUUGUAGCUCUGUGGCUUCUUUGAUCCAGGAUCACAGACCAGCCAGGAGAAAAACACCAUUCGCAGUCAUUUAAAGUCAUUUAGGAAACAUUCCAUAACUUCAUACUUGUGAUUCCCCUUUUUGUAGUGUUUGGCCGGUGAAUUGGAGGCAGCAGACACAUUCGAUAGGUUCAUGCCUGUCUGCCCUGCUCAUUCUGCAUCUGUGUGCAAAACACUCAUAUAGACACUUCAAAAGGCCUGGUGUACCGCUGUCCAACUGCCUUUUUCAGCUUAUGCGAUUGUAACUAAAGCACUUUGUCAAAGGCCAUCUUGAUUUUAUCUGCUUUUAUUUAUGGGUUAUCACUAUUGUUUGUUGUUCCUGUUAUCGUUCUCUUACCACAACUUAUUUAAAUGCAAAGAGUAUAUUUAGAUCUUAAAGAAACUUGAAUAUGUGGUCUCUGGAUGGAAGGUGACUGAUGCUGCCACAUCAUCUGGACAUUAACACAACCACCCUUGUGAAUUAUAAUGCAUAUCCACACAGCAUACCUGUCUCAAAUCUGUUUUGAAGAAGGCUGAUUAAUCUGAUAUUUGAAAACUCCUUUGUUUUAAUUACAAACCUUUAAACAGUUGCAAAACCUUUUGAAAAGGCUAUCUGUUAAAAAAGCUGUGUGUGUAUCCACUUAAUGCAGUUUAUCCUUUUCUGCAAUAACACACUAUUUGUACUCAAAGACUGGGUUGGGGUCCAUGUAGAUUUUGAUGGUUAUGAAUCAGCCAUGUACUGGCAAAAUUGUUUAUAUAUUUAUGGCCUUUACAUCUGUCAUAUGCCAGAUGAUAAAGUAUUGAUAACAACUAUACUUUCAGUGAGUUUAUAGUGCUUACAUUGGUUAAACCUAGGAGAGAGACAUACUACAGGUUUAUUUGUAACUGUGAUUAUAACAGAAUUUUUUUAUACAUGUACAUGUAUACACAUGCAGUGCUUUCUGGAGCAUUACACAUGUAUAUUUUGAAAGCAUAAAAACAAAAAUUCAGUCUACAAUGGCAAAAAUGCUGUUUAUUUUCAACUGAAUUGCAGUAAUAAGCACUUUUGCUUCAUUCUUCCCCAGACACUUAUUUUUUGCAUUUCAGUGUGCAUUUCCUUUUUAUCAACCACCCCUUUUCCGAAUUAUUUGUUAUUAAUGUAGACUGUCAGUUCAUACAUGUUGAAAGCUGCAGGGGAGUAAUUUGCACUUUUUGGCAACAAAAAGAACUUGUAUAUGAGACCACUAAAUCCACACAGUCUAAACCAUAUAAUUCCAUUUUGUGUCAUUUUUAUUGAUUUUCUUUUUUUAAUGUCUGGCAUCUGGUUGUCUGGUUUAAAGAAUAUAACAUCUUUCUAUUAAAAACAAUGGUUGUAAAACA